UAUUGACAACCACUGACUGUACAAGGCUGGGUCGUCCUUCAUCGGAGCUAACCACAUCGUCUUUAGCCACCUUGUUCUUUACGUAUUUGGAAAACAAUUUUACCAUUAAAAGGGGCCACAUCGCUGUGGGCUAUGGCGGCAAAGGUUUUGCCCGUAGUAAAACUUGCCACCAAGGUGACAAUUGCAGGAGGAGCUCUGUACGUCGCCUAUGACUCUGGUCUGCUGGGAAGCAGUGACCAGGGCUCCGAGGCCCUGAGGAAAGCCAAGGCUGCAAUACCACCUGCCAUAGAAGAAUGGCUGAAGUACUUCGGCUUAGAGGCUCAGCUUCCGACCAUGCCCAAGAUCGAAUUCUCCCCCGUUAAGUCAUGGAACUCUGGAGUGAGGUGGACAAUUUCAACACUUUCAGAAGCCCCAACAAAAGCAAGUGACUACACAAAUCAGGGUUUGCAGUACCUGAAAGACCUCACCAAGUAAACAUAAACUCUGUGGGAAACUCAGCUUGUAUUUAUCUUUUUGACUUUUGCACUCAAGAAUUUACCUCUUAUAGAGUUGUAUCCCUCACAAGAACAGAUGUCCAACUUGGAAAGAAAACUGCUAAAACGAACUUGUGAAAUGCAGCUUUUCAGAGUGUUGUCCCUGUGCAUGAGUACUUUUGUGCUCCAAAUAAAAGUGGUUUUGGUUUGAUGUUCAGUUGUACUUGAACAGAAAGCGAAAGGUAUUUUAAAAAGGGCAUUGUUUAGAUUAUUAAAUUCGGUCCAAUUUUUUUGCCUUUUGUUCUUUAACCACCCGUAUGUUUUGAAUGUUUGUUGUGUGUGUGUGUGUAUAUAUAUAUGCAAUACACCAAGUAUGACUAAAUACAUAAAUCUUG